AUGUUCAAAAUCGUCUAUCUUCCUAUUGAUCUGAGCAAAUUACCUGUAUUCCCUAUCCUAAUAAACACGAUUGCCAUCAUUGUUGAACCUCCUCAGAUAGAACCUGAUGAUAUUACUUUGACCGUUGAAGCUAAGGAUUAUAUGAACCAAGAUAAUGUUACUAUUAAAUUGGAAUGUUAUCACCUGAAAUCUGCUCAACAUCUUAUGCCAACUUCCUCUGUAGUAAAGACAGGAACCGUUCUUUUUAUUAGCAGUGAAUUCAUGAUCGUUGAUGACACUUAUAUGGUUCAUCUUCGUAGCAUUAACUUCGUUGAAUAUCAAAAAUCAAAUGUAAAUAAUGUCAGUUUAAAAAAACCCUCUGCCAACCUUCCAGUUAAAACUGGUAGACGAAAAAAAACUUCGAUAGCAACAAAGCCGUAUUUUAGGGUAAAAGAUCGACCAAAAGUUUCUAACCUCGCCAAAGAUGCAUUAAACCAGGGUCGUGAUGAUGAA